AUGUACCCCACCCUGGACGCCGAACAGGGCGAGCGCGCGCUGGUGGAGAAGCGCUGCCUCUACCGAUACGAUCUCUCCCGCGGCGACGUCGUCGUCUUCCGGUUGCCGAGGAACCACCGUGAACUGCUUAUGAAGAGGUUGAUUGCGCUGCCGGGGGAUUGGAUCCAGGUCCCGGAGAAUCAAGAGAUCCGGCAGAUCCCGCAAGGACACUGCUGGGUAGAAGGGGACAAUGCCGGCGUCAGCAUGGACUCGAGAUUCUACGGCCCUGUAAGUUCCCUGGGUCUGAUGCAGGGCAGAGUCACGCACGUAGUCUGGCCACCUCACCGAAUUGGUCGAGUUGACAGAAAAAUGCCAGAAGGAAGGAUUAUGCCACUAUGACCUUUUUAGAACUCUUGUUAGGUUGGUUAUCCUGCAUUCUUAUUCCAUUUUAGGGCAGGACACCACUAUGAAUACUAUUGACUGAUGCCUGUACUGCACUAUACUGUCAAAGGCAGUGAAUUAGAGGAUGUGACAGUUUUGGUGACAAUGAGAAUAUUAUCUCUGAUUGCAAAUUAACCUUCCUGUCAGUUUUAACCUUGUAGGAAAUGUGUAGUGAGGAGCUUUACUUUUUGAUGUGACAACUCUAAUAUCUUCCCAUUCCAUUAAGAGGAAACGUUUUCAUGUCUGGUC